AUGUCGUCUUUAGAAAAUUUUGUAACUACACAAAAUGCAGUGAAAUCAUCGUCAGUGGUCUUAAAAGAAAGUACUUCAUUAAAGACAAUGGAAAAAUCAAGUAUGUCUUCCAUUUAUGAAGAAAGUUAUAGUUUGACAAAAGAUGAUUUCUUAACAACACACCAGAAAACACCAUCAAUGACCAAAUUAGUGUCAUCACCCCCAAUGUCGUCUUUAGAAAAUUUUGUAACUACACAAAAUGCAGUGAAAUCAUCGUCAGUGGUCUUAAAAGAAAGUACUUCAUUAAAGACAAUGGACAAAUCAAGUAUGUCUUCCAUUUAUGAAGAAAGUUAUAGUUUGACAAAAGAUAAUUUCUUAAUAAUACACCAGAAAACACCAUCAAUGACCAAAUUAAUGUCAUCACCCCCAAUGUCGUCUUUAGAAAAUUUUGUAACUACACAAAAUGCAGUGAAAUCAUCGUCAGUGGUCUUAAAAGAAAGUUCUUCAAAAGAUGAUUUCUUAAUAAUACACCAGAAAACACCAUCAAUGACCAAAUUAAUGUCAUCACCCCCAAUGUCAUCGUCUUUGGAAAAUUUUGUAACUACACAAAAUGCAGUGAAAUCAUCGUCAGUGGUCUUAAAAGAAAGUACUUCAUUAAAGACAAUGGAAAAAUCAAGUAUGUCUUCCAUUUAUGAAGAAAGUUAUAGUUUGACAAAAGAUGAUUUCUUAACAACACACCAGAAAACACCAUCAAUGACCAAAUUAAUGUCAUCACCCCAAUGUCGUCUUUAGAAAAUUUUUUAACUACACAAAAUGCAGUGAAAUCAUCGUCAGUGGUCUUAAAAGAAAGUACUUCAUUAAAGACAAUGGAAAAAUCAAGUAUGUCUUCCAUUUAUGAAGAAAGUUAUAGUUUGACAAAAGAUGAUUUCUUAACAACACACCAGAAAACACCAUCACUGACCAAAUUAAUGUCAUCACCACCAAUGUCGUCUUUAGAAAAUUUUGUAACUACACAAAAUGCAGUGAAAUCAUCGUCAGUGGUCUUAAAAGAAAGUACUUCAUUAAAGACAAUGGAAAAAUCAAGUAUGUCUUCCAUUUAUGAAGAAAGUUAUAGUUUGACAAAAGAUGAUUUCUUAACAACACACCAGAAAACACCAUCACUGACCAAAUUAAUGUCAUCACCACCAAUGUCGUCUUUAGAAAAUUUUGUAACUACACAAAAUGCAGUGAAAUCAUCGUCAGUGGUCUUAAAAGAAAGUACUUCAUUAAAGACAAUGGACAAAUCAAGUAUGUCUUCCAUUUAUGAAGAAAGUUAUAGUUUGACAAAAGAUGAUUUCUUAACAAUACACCAGAAGUCAACAUUAACCUCGUUUCUCGCAAAAACAAUGUCUUCACCAUCAAUGACGUCAAUAACAAAACCACAUUCCCCAUCAGCAUUGGCGUCAACGAUGAAAGCAAUGUCACCACCCUCAAUGAUUUUAACGACGAAAUUAGUGGUAGCAGAUUAUCAUUCGACAACUUUCAUUUAUCAGACAAUAAGAAAUGUGUCUACAGUUAAAAAAUCAUCGUUGUUUCCAACCAUGACCUCUUACAAUCCUAAAGGAACUUUGUCACCUGAAAUUGAUAAAACAGAAACAUAUUUUUCAUCAUAUACCAUUCAAACGAAUACUUCAACCAAUCUUACAGAAAAAAAAGGGACGUCCACGACUAUUUUUGAUUUAAAAAGACAUGAUGUGUUUAAAUCAACCAGCAAAUUAUGGAAGACUCCUGCUUUGGUUACGUCAAAUAUAUCGAAACAGAAUAAUACAAUUCGGUAUUCAACGGUUUCGAGUAUACCUUUGACCACAUCCAUCAUUGAUAUAGUUGUGAAUACAUUUGAAAUCAGGCUCUUGAUAACAUCGGAGCCAUUCAGGAUUGAAUACAUGGAAACCAGUUCUCCCGAAUUCAAUGCGAAAAGCAAACAAAUUGAGGAAAAUUUUGACAAAGUAUUUCGUGAUACGACUUAUUAUUCUUCGUCAGAAGUUAUAAGAUUUUUCGAAGGUAGCCUUGGUUGUAUUGCUAAAGUUCAUGUAAAAUCAAAUGAUGUAAAAGUUGUGGAUAUUGACCAAACUUUACGCAAUAAAAUUGAUGAGGAUGAAUUUGGUGAAAUGGUUGUCAGUAGCAUCGAAGUUAAAGUUUUCGAAGUUGUUACUGCAAAACAAGAUGAAAAGAAACGUCACAGUGGUUGGAGUACUUUGGCAAUCGUUUUUGUGUCAGUUCUAGGUGGUAUUUGUGUUCUUCUUGUUCUUUGUGUAAUCAUCCUGUGUAUUCAAAAACGUCAAUAUACACACUAUAUCGAGGAGUCAAAUGGACUUCAAGAACAUUCGCCUAGUAUUCAAUUAAAAAGGCAUGGUAGCAUACUUGCUGAAGAUGAAGAGCGUGUACCAAUGAAAACCUUUGAAAGUAUGGAAUUUUAACCGUUAAAACAUAGGAUAAACGAGUCCACAUAAGGUAAUAUAGGAUAUAUAUAGGAUAUAUAUAGGUAAAAUAAGGUAAUAUAGGAUAAACAUAAGAUAAUGGUACUUUAUUUAGAUAUUUUGUUAGAAAAGUUAUUUAGAUGUUCUUUAGAUAUUUUUGUUGAAGUGUAUGUAUGUAAUUUUUUCAAAAAGUGCUUUUCAUUAAGGCUUUCGAAA